AGGGGGAGUCACACAGAGGGAAGGUAAGAGUGAGUGUGAGAGUGAGUGGGGGAGCCAGGGGGAGUCACACAGAGGGAAGGUAAGAGUGAGUGUGAGAGUGAGUGGGGGAGCCAGGAGGGGUCACACAGAGGGAAGGUAAGAGUGAGUGUGAGAGUGAGUGGGGGAGCCAGGAGGGGUCACACAGAGGGAAGGUAAGAGUGAGUGUGAGAGUGAGUGGGGGAGCCAGGGGGAGUCACACAGAGGGAAGGAUCGCCUGCAAUGAGCCUCGGCAAGAAGCGAAGUGGCUUCCAGAUCACCAGUGUGACCAGUGACUACCAGCCCUCCUCCCCAGUUUCACCAGUAGCCGAUGAGCGUUCUGCUUCCCCCACACCCACAAAUGGACUACGCUCGCCCCCAACCUCUCGCUUUCGGGUGGUCCGACUGGACCAGGCUCCCCUAGGAGGGGGGCGGCGGUACAAGAGAGGCCGCUGGAGCUGUGUGGAAUUCUACCACCCCGAGGUGGGGUCUACGUGCCGGGCUGGGGCAGGACACUCUCUGGAUUCAGGGCUCCCCCGCGCCUCCCCACUCCGGUCCCCCUUACUUCUGUCCCCGGGAGCUGGAGGAAAGGGCCCUCAGGCCCCCAGGUCACAAGGGGCCCCAGUGCUGGGGGAAGGAACAGGCUCGGAUAUAAGGAUUGAGCGCUCUCCAACACAGAGUCCUGUGGGGCCCCCAGUUUCUACUUUCCACCCUGAAACCCCCCCAGCCCAACGGGACACUGACGACUUUACUGAGCGGCUCAUCUUGGCGAGAUCCGUCUUCUGUGUGGGAGGGGACAACGACAGUGUUUCCAGCAACAGUUUGGUAGCAAUAGACAACAAAAUUGAGCAGGCCAUGGACUUGGUAAAGACUCACCUCCUAUUUGCGGUACGUGAAGUGGUUGAGAUCCUUAAAGAACAGAUAAAAGAUCUCACCGAGAGGAACAGUCACUUGGAGCAUGAGAACAGUCUCUUGCGGUCUCUUGCAACUCCCCAGCAGCUUUCUGAGUUGCAGUCUCGCAUUCAGACCUCCAGAAAGGUCGCCGAUCAAAAAUAAAUGUCUCGGCUGGAAACAGCUCUUCCAGUAGAACGACUAACAAUCCAUCCCGACGAGAGAGAUGGCGAGAGGUUUGAGACGUUCAGGAGAGUGCUUCACACAGAACUGAAUGUGGAUAAAAGGGGAGACUCAUCACUGACAUCUCAGGACCCGUCUCUUACACACUACAAAGAAAAAGGGCAAACGGAAUAUACUGAGGCCAACUCCACGGCUGAGGACUCCAUGGCCAAGAAGGCUAAGGAAGGUGCUUAGCAGGUUCUGUUGAGACGUUCCAUUGUUCUAGAAUGCGUGGAAUCCAUGGCUAAAGAUUCUAUGGUCGAAGCCACCAUGGUUAAGGAUGCCAUGGCUUGGGAUAUCAGAAGUCUCCAGUAUCCAGCAGCUGAGGACUACACUACGUAUCUCUAUGGUGGAAGAGAGUUAAAGAAUAGACAGUUGGAGGAUCCAUCAGAGAAGACAGCUGGGAAGUCUAAGGCUGAGGAGCAGAACAUUCCAUAACUGACCAUGGAUGGUAUCUAUGCAAGUUCUUAAUUACCAAGAACCAUUGCCUGCCGUCUAAUACUGCCCAUUGGCUCAAAAUGACUUUAUUAAUUGAUUAAUACUGUUUGGAACUGGGCAUGGGGCGGGCAUGGCUCCAGGGGGCACCAUGCAAAUAUAUCUCACCAGCUCUGUGUGUGUGUGUGCCAACAUGCAAUGUAUGUGCCGUGACUGGUGCCCCCCAAUGUAUGUGCCGUGACUGGUGCCCCCCAAUGUAUGUGCCAUGACUGGUGCCCCCCAAUGUACGUGCCGUGACUGGUGCCCCCCAAUGUAUGUGCCAUGACUGGUGCCCCCCAAUGUAUGUGCCAUGACUGGUGCCCCCCAAUGUAUGUGCCAUGACUGGUGCCCCCCAAUGUAUGUGCCGUGACUGGUGCCCCCCAAUGUAUGUGCCAUGACUGGUGCCCCCCAAUGUAUGUGCCGUGACUGGUGCCCCCCAAUGUAUGUGCCGUGACUGGUGC